AUGCUGUCAGAAGGGUAUCUCAGUGGACUUGCCUACUGGAACGACAUUCAUUGGAACUGUGCAUCUUAUAAUGAACCCGUCACUGGAGAACAAGGCAAGGAGACAAGUUCUGUUGCUGCUCUUUCCUAUUCCUCUGUGAAUGAAACACAGGUCCAAAGUGUUUACGUGAGCUGCAAAUCCUCCAGCAAGUUCAUCUCAUCAGUGCAUGCGAGAGGGAGUCAACACGGCAGAAGCCAGAGCAGAACAGUGCUGCAAACAAACCCCAACCCUGUAUUUGAAAGUCCAACCUUGGCCACAGUUGACAUUUGCAGAGAAGCCAUCAGAGAGACCUAUUUGGUCCCACCUUCUUGCAAAAGUAUUUGCAAAAAUUACAAUGACUUACAUAUUGCGGGAGGACAGGUGAUGGCCAUUAACUCAGUAAUGGCAGAUUUCCCCUCAGAGAGCAGCUUUGAAGAUGGCCCUUUGCUGAGGUCAUCUGAGAUUCCUUUGCCCAUGGAGGACUCCAUUUCCAUUCAGCCCACUGAAUUUCCCCUCAAACCCAUUCAGCGGCACUCAUCCUACUGGAGAAUAACCAGCAUCAAAGAGAAAAGCAGCCUGCAAAUGCAGAAGCCUAUUUCAAAUGCAGUGCUCAACGAGUAUCUGGAGCAGAAGGUGGUAGAGUUAUAUAAGCAAUACAUUAUGGACAAUGUGUUUCAUGACAGUUCUCCUACCCAGAUUCUGGCAUCAGAACCCAUCAUGACAAACGUGGACCAAAUUAGUCUUCAAGUUUCUAGAGAGAAGAAUCUGGACACCUCAAAAGUCAAGGACAUAGUUAUUAGCCACUUACUGCAGUUGGUCUCAUCGGAGAUCAGCACCCCUAGUCUCCAUAUUUCUCAGUAUAGCAGUAUAACACCAUAGAGAAGAUUUCUGUCAGUUCCUCUUGUUCCUAUCAAUCCCUAAGCAAUACUGUAUUCAUUUAUUCAGAGGAUGUGAGCGAGGGAAUAAUGGAAGGGAAUUAAGGACUAGUGAAGGAGUGUUUGAGAAAUCUCAUACUACUCCCCAUGCUGAAGGAAUACAGGAAGAGGAACCAUUCUGUCUCAAGGGCAGGUUUAUACAGAAAUAGAGUAAAAAUGAAAAUGAUCACAGAGGGAAGGAAGGGGUUACAAGGCAGUUAUAGGCGUACUGAAAUGGGAAGAUAAACCCAAUCAGGAACAAAAGGAAACACUAUGGCUAAACUCUAAAGCCAGCGGGCUUCAGGAUCAGGGAGUAAACAUGUCUUUCACAGUCACAUAAAUUGUUCUAGGCUGUUUCUUCUAGAAAGAAAUGAACUACAGGAAGGUUGUUAAAUUUGGGUAGACUAACAUUUUUCCAGGUAUAAGCUUGUAUCUUUUUUUCUCUAUUCUGUAUCAGUAGGUCAUUUAGGUCUAUUCUUUGUAUAUAUUAAAGGUAUA